ACAAGAGGCGAGGGGAUACUAAUGGAGAGGGAAAGUCAUGAAGGUGAGAAUUUGCCUCCGGAACUGAAUCAAAUCAAGGAACAAAUUGAAAGAGAAAGGUUUCUGCACAUUCAGAAAUCAUUUGCGGAUAGACCAAAUGUGGUUACUCAUGUUGCAUAUCAUCAUUCUCUUGCCUCAACCCGGGGUGCUGGAGUAAAUAAUGAUGGAGGGGACAACAAUAUGCUUUCUUUGAGAAUAAAAAAACCUCUUCAUGUUUUCAAAUAUAAUCCUCCGGAAGAAUUUACAUCUCCAAUUCCCAAGAAACAAGUUAUCAAGCUUCCAAUUGUUAAACAGCUACCUCGAGCCAUUACCUGGGUCUUCACGGAUAGUAAUAAGCUAAUGGCUGAAAGUGAUUCUGUGAUCGGUAAGAAACAAAUAAUUUAUGUCAAUGGCCAGGCAGAGGAAUUGAGCAGCGACGACGAAGAAGAUGAAGAAGAAACCGAGAAAGAAAAACUGGAAUUCUCCAAAGAUGCAGAUUGGUUUAUAUGGGAGGUUGGGCAAAAACAUAAUUUAGAUGACCUGGUGGUGCAAAGUGCUCUCUCCAAGUUCUUUGAAUUAGAUGUUUCAGAUAUCUUGGAGAGAUACAAUGAUCUCAAGAAGCUUAAGAUCAAUGAAGGAGAUACUGGUGAAGUUUCUGAUGUACGCAUAUUUACUUCUUCUCCGGAGACUACUGAAAGGCGUUUUUGCCGUCGUUGCUUGAGAUUCGAUUGUCGUGUGCAUGAAGAAUAUCAGCCUGAGAUUUAUACUAAAGAAAACCAAUCUAAUUUGUUUGAGAAGGAGGAUGUUAGAAAACAGUGCAGUAACCAUUGCUACCUUAAGCUAAAGGGUGUCACAGAAGCUGAUCAUAUGGUGGAUAAUGAUAACUAUGUAUCAAACAAGAAAGGGAAGAAUGUGGUCUCAGAGAUGUCUCAAGCAUACAAUGAGUGGACGUCUGUAGAGAUGGAUCUUUACCUCAAAGGAGCUAAACUCUUUGGUAGAAACAGUUGUCUUAUUACAAGAAACGUACUUCCCGGACUUAAGACGUGUUUAGAGGUUUACAAUUACAUGCAUGAGCAAGAUCAAUGUAAAAUGUUACUAGAACAUGAAGAAACUUCAGAAACAGACAAUCAGGUUAAUAAAGAGACAUCGCGAAAAAAACCUAGGUUGGUCCGGAAAAAAGUCAAACAUCAAAAGCACAUUUGUUAUCCGGCUGCUAUAAAAAAUACAAUGAACGAAAUAGAGAAGUCAUAUAAGCAGUACACACCAUGCAGUUGCGAGCCGGUAUGUGGAGAUCAAUGCCCUUGUUUCCGUAAUGGAAAUUGCUGUGAGAUAUAUUGCGGGUGUCCAAAGACAUGCAACAAUCGCUUUGGAGGAUGUAACUGUACAAAGGGUCAAUGUAUAAACCGAAAAUGUCCUUGCUUUUCCAAUUUUCGCGAAUGCAAUCCAGAUCAAUGUCGGAGUUGUUCGCUUAGUUGUGGAGAUGGCCAUGGCUCUCUUGGUGAGACAUCCAAGACAAGCGAAUGCAAGAACAUGCAAUUCCUCCUUAAGAAACAUAAAAAGAUUCUCCUUGGAAUGUCUAAUGUUCAUGGAUGGGGUGCAUUUACACGGCACUCUCUUAAACAAAAUGAGUUUCUCGGAGAAUAUACUGGAGAAUUGGUCUCCGUCGAUGAAGCAGAGGAACGUGAGAGAGCAGAUCACAAGCUUGGUUAUUCCUACCUCUUUAACUUGAAUGAUAAGUUCGUCAUUGAUUCUCGCCGUCAAGGAAACAAGUUUAGAUUUCUCAAUCACUCAUCAAAUCCUAACUGCUGCGCCAAGUUGAUGAUUGUUAAAGGAGAUCAGAGGAUUGGAUUAUUUGCUGGUAAAGCUAUCAGAGAAGGUGAGGAGCUGUUCUUCGAAUAUAAACCAGGAGAAGUGGAUAGGUCUCCUAGCAUAUCUAGCGACAGUGGUAGCUCGAAGUCAGAGAACAGCAGUUCAUCUACUUAGACUUGAAUCUGAGGAAGAUCGACACAAAGCAGUCGCUUUUGGAUUCUAAUGCUAUUUUGCGUAACUAAACCAAAUUUUGAAGUAUUAUGUUUUAUUGUUUUAUUGUUUUAAGGUUUUGUCUGUCUCAUGUCUUUAACUCUUGAAGUUUCCUUUCGACUAUUUUUUCUCAACAUUAUAGCCAAAUGUUGAUG